GCCGCUCGGUUUUAUUCGCGUUUGCUCGGGUUGACUCUGGGCUUCAUUGGAAGUGGAGCGCACAGGCUAAUGCUAAAGCCUGUGCACCGGGACGCUGUCAUAAGCUGGGGCGCUAACGGUCGCUCAACUAUCACUCAACUAUCACUCGAGCUGUUCUUUCACGGGCGGCGUGAAAUCACAGUUAAACUGUGAACGUUUCAAUGGGUUUAAGGUAGAGGUGUGUGUUUAAUCCUCCGUCAAAUCGACGCUCUAUUUGAGGCCCGGCUAGACUCCAGUCAGUUAGCAACGGACACAACGCAGCACUUCAUUCAGAGGAAUAACAGAGAGGAUGCCAGCUCCGAUCAGACUGCGGGAGCUGAUCCGGACAAUCCGGACGGCGCGAACCCAGGCCGAGGAGCGAGAGAUGAUCCAGAAAGAGUGUGCUGCCAUUAGGUCAUCCUUUAGAGAAGAGGACAACACAUACCGCUGUAGAAAUGUGGCUAAGCUGCUUUAUAUGCACAUGUUGGGCUACCCGGCACACUUUGGCCAGCUGGAGUGCCUGAAACUGAUUGCAUCACAGAAAUUCACAGACAAACGGAUAGGAUACCUGGGAGCCAUGCUACUUCUGGACGAGAGGCAGGACGUUCAUCUCUUAAUGACAAACUGCAUCAAGAAUGACUUGAACCACAGUACACAGUAUGUGCAAGGACUAGCCUUGUGCACCCUGGGCUGUAUGGGCUCAUCCGAAAUGUGCCGUGACUUAGCUGGAGAAGUGGAGAAACUCCUCAAAACGUCAAACUCCUAUCUGAGGAAAAAGGCAGCACUGUGUGCGGUUCACGUCAUCCGCAAAGUCCCGGAGCUGAUGGAGAUGUUCCUGCCAGCAACAAAAAACCUGCUCAGCGAGAAAAAUCAUGGAGUUCUCCACACAUCUGUUGUCCUGCUCACUGAAAUGUGUGAGCGAAGUCCUGACAUGCUCUCUCACUUCAGGAAGAAUGAGAAGCUGGUUCCACAACUUGUACGAAUCCUGAAGAACCUAAUCAUGUCAGGCUACUCCCCUGAGCACGAUGUGUCUGGCAUCAGUGACCCUUUCCUGCAGGUGCGGAUAUUGAGGCUACUGAGAAUUCUGGGAAAGGGUGAUGAUGAUUCUAGUGAAGCUAUGAAUGACAUUCUUGCACAGGUUGCAACAAACACAGAGACGAGUAAAAAUGUAGGCAAUGCUAUCCUCUACGAAACGGUUCUUACUAUUAUGGACAUCAAAUCAGAGAGUGGACUAAGAGUUUUAGCAAUUAACAUUCUGGGACGUUUUCUUCUCAACAAUGACAAAAACAUCAGAUAUGUGGCAUUGACCUCUCUACUGAAGACUGUGCAGACAGACCACAAUGCUGUGCAGAGACAUCGAAGCACUAUUGUGGACUGCUUGAAAGACCUUGACGUGUCCAUUAAAAGGCGUGCGAUGGAGCUGAGCUUUGCCCUUGUUAACGGCAACAACAUCCGGGGCAUGAUGAAAGAGCUUCUGUAUUUCCUGGACUCCUGUGACCCUGAUUUCAAAGCGGACUGCGCAUCAGGGAUCUUCCUGGCUGCUGAGAAGUAUGCACCCUCCAAAAGAUGGCACAUAGACACCAUUAUGAGGGUUUUGACAACGGCAGGGAGUUAUGUCCGAGAUGACUCUGUGCCCAACCUCAUCCAGCUCAUCACAAAUAGUGUAGAGAUGCAUGCCUACACUGUACAGAGACUCUACAAAGCCCUCCUGGAUGACAUCUCUCAGCAACCUCUAGUACAGGUGGCAUCCUGGUGCAUAGGAGAGUAUGGAGACCUGUUGGUCUCAGGCCAGUGUGAGGAGGAGGAACCCAUUCAGGUUUCUGAAGAUGAGGUCCUGGAUGUUUUAGAAGGUCUCCUCGUUUCUAACUUGUCCACCCCUGUAACGAGAGGUUAUUCCCUGACUGCUAUCAUGAAGCUGUCCACCCGUUUCAGCAGCCUGAAUCGAAUCAAAAAAGUGGUGUCGAUAUACGGCAGCAGCAUAGAUGUGGAGCUGCAGCAGAGAGCUGUGGAAUAUAAUGCACUUUUCAAAAAAUAUGAUCACAUGAGACCUGCAUUACUAGAGCGAAUGCCUAUUAUGGAAAAAACAGGCACUAACGGCCCAGCAGAGAUUGUCCAGACCAAUGGAGAAACAGAAUCAACCAUACUGGACACAAAACAUCUGCCCAGCAUCACUCAACCAGCCAGUCAGGCAAAUGAUUUAUUAGACCUACUCGGAGGUAAUGAUGUGGUACCUGUUAUCCAAACAACCGUUCCCACAAAGCCUGCGUCAGCUGGAGGAGAACUGCUGGAUCUGCUGGGAGACCUUUCUCUGACAGGUGGUCCGACCCCCACCCCUGCUCCCUCUGUGCCCAUGUCCCAGCCCCCUUUCCUUUUGGACGGCCUCACCUCUCAACCCCUCUUCAAUGACAUUGCAGCGGUCAUUCCGCCAAUGACGGCGUACAACAAAAACGGUCUGAAAAUUGAGUUCACAUUUGAGAGGUCCAACCCCAACCCCAAUGUUGCAGUUAUUACCAUCCACGCCACCAACUCCACCGAGGCUGACAUGACAGAAUUUGUGUUCCAGGCUGCAGUACCAAAGACAUUCCAGCUGCAGCUUCUGUCCCCCAGCAGUAAUGUAGUCCCAGCACUCAACCAGGGAAGCGUCACGCAGGUCAUCAGGGUUCUCAACCCACAGAAGCAACAGUUGCGAAUGCGGAUCAAGCUGACAUACACUCACAAAGGCUCUCCUGUACAAGACCUGGCCGAGGUCAACAAUUUCCCCCCUCAGUCCUGGCAGUGAUUUGCUACCCUUCUCAAUCUUAAAGACCCCCAGCAAGGGAACUAUGGGAAAGAUGUCCCCUCCCCAUUCCCAAAUGAUCCCCCGUGACAUCACCACAGAUCGCUGCCCUGGGGUUGCAUGGGAAGCAGUGGAAUCUUCCUGACACAGUCAAGAGUUGAUGGUAUGAAGACUGAUGAUGAUGAUUACAGUGACAAUGAUGAAGCAAAAUCACAAAUAUCUCAGUACAUAUCUUUUCAUUUGUUUCUUUGCCCGUCUGUCUCUCUCUCUGCUUCGGGGUUAAUGCGAAAUGUCCAUGCUCACACUUGCACUUAGCGCUGUGCACUCUCACUUAAUCUGUCACUGUAGUGCACUCCCACACUCCGGCUCACCCUGCCGCCCAGGGCCCUUACAUGGGGAAACAUCACUCGUGGCCACUAUACAAAGGAGCUGCUUGUUUGAUUUGUCUGUUUUUGUCCAUGUUUUUAAUCUUGUUAAUGGGUUUGGUGUAUUUUAAGAAAAACAAAAACAACAACAUACUGAAUUAAUUGCGAAGUCUGAACAUUUGCACCUUUACGCAUUUCAGAAUCAAGAGGAAAAUGGGUUGUGAUGGCGCCUUAAAUCAUUGUUGUACAUGGCAUUUCUUAAUUUUCGUGUAAAGUUGAUCUAAUGUCCUGUAAUAAAGUAUACCAGGUGAAUGCUCCGGAUACAAGCUAUGUUGUGGCUACACCGUAUUUCACAUGAAACGGUUGUCUGUCAGCGGUAAUGUACACACUAACGGAUCUGUCCAGAAGUGCUUGACCUUCAUCACAUGUAUCAUCAUGAAUAGGCAAGUUCAUACAGCUCAUACCUUGACAUUGAUUUCUAAAUGUCAUCGACAAUGACACUGGAGCGUCUCUUUUUGAGGUGACUGAGAGAGAGAGAGGGUGUUGCUUGUUACUGCUGGCGCGGAUUACAUCACCCAAUAGUUUUGCAUCAUAAAAUCUAGAUUCUAGACACUUUUCCCCAAAACCCUUAAUUUGGCAUUUUGUUGUUUUGUUUGCCUCUACUCAUCACAGAUGGUGUGUUCUUGUAUUGUUUGUUUUUUUAAAUCUUAAAAUACAUUUAUAUAGAUUGAAAAUAGCCUACACUAAAUAAGUUUUAGCGCAAUCCUUAAGGAUCGAAAUCUAUUAAAAAUUUAACGUAGUUAAAGAGCGUGUUCUUGAAAUUCAAAUUGAUUUCUCACUGAAUUAGCACAACUUGAGGCCCGGCGAUGUAUAAUGAGGUUAUGGUCAGCGUAGAUGCUGUAAAUAUAGACUAUGAAUAUAUAAUGCCUUCAUGAAUGUAGUUAUAUGCACCGAAUGGACUUUUUUUCUUUUCUUUUUGUUUGACUUUCUGCAGUGAUUUGAAGUAUGGAAAUAUUGCCUGAACUAAAGCAAUGUGCCUUUGUCAUAACCAGUUAAAAAGAAAGCCCUGAGAGAUGAUCGGUUAUCGUUACAGGAAGAGCAAGAGCGUGAUGUCUGAAGAGUAGAGGACCUUUUUGUUUUGCUGUCAUUUCACUCGAGUUCUCAUCUCGUGUUAGUGUCUCUUCUUGCAGCUUCCAAAGGCAGUUCACAACAUUAACCUGAAUAUACCUCACAUUGUCGUCUUGUUUUGUCUUUGUCGGCUAGGAAGAGCACUAUGAUUGUUUCAUCAAGUCAUGGAAAUGCUCACUUCGCGUCCGUAUCCUCACGUCAUCUCUCGCUUCUUUGUUUCCUUCAUCACUUUGCGUAAUUACAUUCGUUAUGCCACACUAAGUCUGGUAACCAAAUCAAGAGAUGUUCUUUGGGCUUGGGAAAUAUUUUUAGCAAUGUUAUGUAUAUGGAG